AUGGCGGCGGCGGCGGUGGUGGAGUUCCAGAGAGCCCAGUCUCUACUCAGCACCGACCGGGAGGCCUCCAUCGACAUCCUCCACUCCAUCGUGAAGCGUGACAUUCAGGAGAAUGACGAGGAGGCGGUGCAGGUCAAGGAGCAGAGCAUCCUGGAACUGGGGUCUCUCCUGGCCAAGACUGGACAAGCUGCAGAGCUUGGAGGACUCCUGAAGUAUGUGCGACCCUUCUUGAAUUCCAUCAGUAAGGCUAAAGCCGCUCGUCUGGUCCGAUCUCUUCUUGAUCUGUUUCUUGAUAUGGAAGCAGCUACAGGACAGGAGGUCGAGUUGUGUUUAGAGUGCAUCGAAUGGGCCAAAUCAGAGAAGAGAACUUUCUUACGCCAAGCUUUGGAGGCAAGACUGGUGUCUUUGUACUUUGAUACCAAGAGGUACCAGGAAGCAUUGCAUUUGGGUUCUCAGUUGCUUCGGGAGUUGAAAAAGAUGGAUGACAAAGCCCUUUUGGUGGAAGUACAGCUUUUAGAAAGCAAAACCUACCAUGCCCUGAGCAACCUGCCAAAAGCCCGAGCUGCCUUAACCUCUGCUCGAACCACAGCAAAUGCCAUUUACUGCCCCCCUAAAUUGCAGGCCACCUUGGAUAUGCAGUCAGGUAUUAUCCAUGCAGCAGAGGAGAAGGAUUGGAAAACUGCGUACUCAUAUUUCUAUGAGGCUUUCGAGGGUUAUGAUUCCAUCGAUAGCCCCAAGGCCAUCACAUCUCUGAAGUAUAUGUUGCUGUGCAAAAUCAUGCUCAACACCCCAGAAGAUGUCCAGGCUUUGGUGAGCGGGAAGCUUGCACUUCGGUAUGCAGGGAGGCAGACAGAAGCAUUAAAGUGUGUGGCUCAGGCAAGCAAGAACAGAUCACUGGCAGAUUUUGAAAAGGCCCUGACAGACUACCGGGCGGAGCUCCGGGACGACCCCAUCAUCAGCACACACCUGGCCAAGUUGUAUGAUAACUUACUGGAGCAGAACCUGAUCCGAGUCAUCGAGCCCUUUUCCCGAGUACAGAUUGAACACAUAUCUAGCCUCAUCAAACUCUCCAAGGCUGACGUGGAAAGGAAAUUAUCACAGAUGAUUCUUGACAAGAAAUUUCAUGGGAUCUUGGACCAGGGGGAGGGUGUCUUGAUUAUUUUCGAUGAACCCCCAGUAGAUAAAACGUAUGAAGCUGCUCUGGAAACAAUUCAGAACAUGAGUAAAGUAGUGGAUUCCCUCUACAACAAAGCCAAGAAGCUGACAUAG